CCUUUUUCUCCCAACUAAAUUUGCAAACAAGAAAACCAAUUAGCAGAGAGAAGGAAUCAAAAUAUCCAUUUCAUGGCAACUACGACGACUCUGUUGCCCAAAUCCAUCUCACCUUUCCUUACAAACCCAACUUCAAUUCCAUCUACAAACCACACUAAGCUCUCCUUUAACCCACCGGACAAUACUUACUGUUGUAGAAGAAGAUCAAUUGCAGCAAAUGCCAAGAAAAAAAACCCAUGGCUCGACCCUUUCGAUUAUGGAGAUGACCCUGAAAUGGAAUACGGCUCACUGUUCACUGAUGGUAAGCAAGAAGAAGACACAAGACCACCGGAUAACCCUGAUAACCCUUAUGGAUUUCUCAAGUUCCCAACUGGGUUCAAUGUUGAAAUUGCUUCACUGGGAUUGAAGAUAAGAGGAGAUGUCAGAAGAUGUUGCUGCAUAGUAUCCGGUGGUGUUUAUGAAAAUUUGCUCUUCUUUCCUGCAAUUCAACUGAUCAAGGACAGGUACCCUGGUGUUCAAGUUGAUGUGAUUGCAUCACCAAGAGGGAAGCAGACAUAUGAGUUAAAUAAGAAUGUGCGAUGGGCAGAUGCAUACGAUCCCGACGAUGAUUUCCCUGAGCCUGCAGAGUAUACAGACAUGAUCGGAGUUCUAAAGGGUAGGUACUAUGACAUGGUCUUAUCAACCAAAUUGGCAGGAUUUGGGCAUGCAGCAUUCAUGUUUAUGACAUCAGCCCGGGAUAAAGUUAGCUACAUCUAUCCAAAUGUGAAUGCAGCUGGAGCAGGGCUAAUGUUGACAGAAACAUUUAAACCAGAAGGAAUGAACUUAUCUGAGAGUGGAUUUAACAUGUAUCAUCAGAUGCUUGAUUGGUUGGGAAGACCGGGGCGUGGUGUACCAAGGCAACCAGUUCCUCCUUUGAGAGUUUCGAUCUCGAGGAAGCUCAAGGAUUUUGUGGAGGAUACAUAUAAGAAAUCUGGUGCAGUGAAGGGGAAGUAUAUUGUAAUACAUGGGAUACAGUCUGAUUCAAAGGCUUCAAUGCAAUCUAGGGGGGACACUGAUAGCUUGCUACCCAUCCAAGUAUGGGCUGAAAUAGCUAAGGCCAUAAGAUAUAUUGGGGACAGGGGUGUAAGGCCAAUUUUCGUAAUUCCACAUGAGAAAGAAAGGGAAGAUGUAGAGGAAGUAGUUGAAGAAGAUGCCAGUAUUGUGUUCAUAACUACCCCAGGACAGUUAGCAGCUCUUAUAAAUGACUCAGUAGGAGUAAUAGCCACCAACACUGCAGCUAUCCAACUAGCAAAUGCCCGUGAUAAACCCAGUAUUGCAUUAUUUUCCUCAGAAGAGAAGGGAAGACUAUUUGUUCCCAAUGCCAAGGAGAAGAAAUGCGUAAUUGUUCCAUCAAAAGCAGGAAAGCUAAUAGAUAUUGACAUUGAAGCUGUGAAAAAUGCAAUCCAGAUUUUCAAUGUAUCCCCAGUUCUUGUCUAGAAGGAGAAAAGGAGUUAAAUGUUUUUUUUUUUCCUGUCCA